CUGUUUUCUUGUAACUACCCGAACUAGGACCCUGCCCUUAAACCUGAGGAAGUGAAACAUCACGACACCCAUGUAAACAUGGAACAGUGUGAUGAUUAUUCAGUGCAGUGGUUGGCUGCUUGUUCCUCAGUGGUUUUUGAACAAGGUAAAGUGGAACGUUAGUUCUUCGUUUUGAGUUCGACACGGAUUGUUUAUUAGCACGGACUGGCAGUGACACCUGUGUGUAUGUUGUUCACGCUGUUUCGCCGAAAAAAUACCAUGCAGUGAUAAAGAAAUGUGGAUCGCCAGGCGUCUUCCUUUUUCAGCGGUCCUGAGAGGUCAUUAUGGAUUACUCGGUCGUCCAAAGGGAUGUCUACCCGAGAUCAAACCCAGAUUCCUCCAGUGCACAUGUUGCUGGCGCAGUCGCAUCACGGUGGCGGGCUUCGACGCUUUGAAUGGUGUGUUGUCCUCUCCCAGUCCUGACACUUGCACUGACGAUAAACAAACGCUGGACGCCUUUUACACAUCUGACCAGCGAGAUGUCAUUCUACAGCUUCUAAACAACGCUUCAGAACCAGAACUUGCGGGCGUCAAGUUAUUGAGGGGGCGUAAGUCUGUGAAUAUAGUGGACUACAGAAGUAAACAUGGGCCAUUCCAAAAUUUAGAAAGUGUCACCAAAGUGCCUUUGCUGAAGCACAAAAGUGCACUCGUCGUUUUCAAUGCAAUUCUCAACCCACCCGAGAAGAAAGAGAAAAAGAAAUCAAGGAUAUCCUUUGUAAAAUACAUCAGGCCUGAGGUUGAUCGGGAGCAGUUAGAGGAUGCGGAUUCCAUCGUCUCCAUCAUAUGUGGCACCAACAAAGUGGCAUGGGCACAUGUGGACCGCGGAGUGACCGUGCUGGAUUGGCAGGCUCAGGACUGCAGCAGUUUCUUGACUGGCACGUACAUGGCCUCGUCCUACUUAGCUGAUAUUACAGCAGUUGUGAAGAACAUGCCCGACGCAGACUUCUUCAUCAUUGAGAAGCCAGGCAUCACUGUUCAGAACACAACACUGUUCCCAGUCAUGGCCCACCUCCGAACAGUGGAGGCCAUGCUGUUUGCCCUGCUUACCCAAAGGCAGCAGGAGGCGGGCAGCAGCGGUGGUACAUCGCCCAAAGUCCUCAACAUGAUGCGCCUGGCUGUCGGACGCCAUUUCGACCUGAUAGUGGGCGAGUCCCGAACCAGCGGCGCGAAGUUGGUCCGCCAGAUGAUGACCGAGUCGGUGACUAAGAAGGAACCCAGGGUGGUGUUUCCACACGACCUGCUGGUGAAAUACCGCAACGCUUUCCAGAUGGGAAGCCGCAACCGCGGGGAGGAGCUGUGCGAUUCUCUCCUGCAGGCGGUGGCCUUCUUUGAGCUACUUGGGAAAUAGAACUUGCCCUUUAUUGGCAUCCCAAACAACCAUAGGACUGAAGGCCAUGUCGCCAUUUUGUGGCUCAAGUCAAUGACAAAAUGUGAAACUAUGGCGGGUUGGUCUUGUAUAGUAUGUGCAGGUUGUUAUGGGUAUUUUGUACAGUACAAGAACGCAGCUGUUGAAUCACCUGAAGUAUUUGAGAUUAAGUGUAACAGUAUGUGAGAGGAUACUGUAAUAGAGGAUAGAAUACAGGAAGAAACACUGAUCAGGGUUUAAUAUCCUACCAUCACUCACUCAAUGUUGCCUUUUCUCUUCCUGGAAUGUUAUGUGGUCACAGUCCCUCUUUUUCCACCAAUUCCACUAAUGUGAACUCAGAGACUGCAGAUCUGUGUGUGUGUGUGUGUGCAUGUUCAUGUCUGAUCCAACCUGAAGUCGAAUGCCUGCUAAACCACAAACCUCCCGAGACGGCAUGACGUUCAGCACUUGCCAACUUCAAAAAGUAAUAAAAUUGUAUUUAUUUGAAAAUUG